UGAAAAGGCUUCAAAGACAAUUAGGAGACGCUCCAUCUUCUCUCUAAAGUUGAGUGUCGCGUAAGUCGAUCUCCCGAAGCCUGAGCGGCAGCGAUGCCGGCGGCGGAAGGAUUAGGACUGACAACCGAACCGCCUAAGGCAUCGUACUCAGCGGCGGUAAGGGACCCAGUCCACGGCCACCAACUGCACUCCCAACCGGUUUCCUUCUGGGACGCGUUAGGCCUGGGUUCGUCUGGUUCCUUCAGCGGCUACCCGGCGGUCACCUUCUCCAAGGAAAACGUACAGGUACCAAUGAAGAAGAUGAUCCUGAUGGCUUUACAAUGGUGAAAGGAAGAAAUAAAAACACGAGCGCGGUACUCAUCCCAACUUAUGAAGAAAGGGACACCCAACUAUUUUACCAUGUGGGAUAUAGCCUCUACACUUCUCGCCUUCUCUCAACGAACGAUUUGCCAGCAGCCUCUUUCAAUCUCUCCGCCAACAGGCAACAGCCAACACUUCCUCGAGCAUUUGGAAUUGCAAUUGGGAGGUUGAGGUCAUGUCUUGGGGCUGUUUUUUUUCUAAGGAUCAAUUGCAGGUAUGGUAAUGCAGGUUGGUGUCGGAGAUGGGUUAGCAUUUUGUGAUUUCUGAAGGGUUAUUUGAUAUCUGCUGCUGCACGUCCUUGUGUUAGAAGUAUGAUAUUGAAUAUUGAUUUUUUUGAACUUUAAAUUGUAAUCGCAAGUAGUCUUCUGCGUAGUAUGUAUUGAGCUGUUGCACUUUGUGUAAUCUGUGAAUUUUGGAUGUAUGGUACUAAUUUUCAAUUUUUGGAAGCGUGUAAAUUAUAGUGCAUGUAUAUUUUUUUCUAAAAAAGUUACUUCUAACGUCAGUUUUUUGAGAGAACUGACGUAAUAUGUAUUUUUUUUUAUUUU